UAAAGACGAAACGAGGUAGGAAACGCCUGUGUAAGCCUUUUUCUUUUUCGCUUAAAAAUGAUGUAGUUUUCUGAAUCUGCUUAGUAAACACGCGCGAUGAAGGUUAAGAUAAUUUUUAAGAAGGAAUUUUCAACUGAAAUUUUGCCAUUUUAUCCUCAGGAACAGGUACCUCCCUAUGGAGUGAAGAAUCUAUCGCGUGGCUAAAAUGUAAAGUUUCUGGAGCGAAACUUCGGGCGUAUCCCACGAGAGUUGAAUCUAGCAAACUUGUCAUCAUCGAUCUCUUUGUUUUUCCUCCAAAAAACCCUAAAAACAAGAGUCCAGUUUCAACUCAAGCUGGAAAAGGACUCCCUGGACUGCAAUUCAGUAUCGCCGAGAUGAUGGUCUUCGCGGGCAUGGCGCAACGAAUCAUGCCACAGGUGAACGAAGGAACUGGUUGCAGCAGUGGCUCGAGCCCUGUGUCAGGGGGAAGCAACGAGUCUUUAUCUCGGAGCUGUAGCAGUGUUAGCAUUGAAAGCAGCGUCCAAGAUGGAACUGCGUGUGUAAACAGCUGCGAGGCUUUGAACGGCAAAGACGAGAGCACGUGUACGGAUAAUUCUUUCUCAUCUAAAGAAACCGUUAUACAAAGACCCGAGAAAAGACAAGAAAACAGCACAAUCGAUAACGAACAAUCUGUUUUGGAAACAAAAACUUCCACUACCGUUACGUUUACAGAGGAGAGUGUUGUAGCGAAAGAAACGGACAAUGCUUCCCCAACUGCUUCAGGUCCGAACAUCGAAAGAGAAAACUGCGAAGAUUCUAAAGAACAACAGGACGUUUUAGCGAGUGACGUCGCAAUGUUCACCGAGCCCAUCUCUGUGUCGGGGACCGAGUCCCUCCCUGUGUCAGGCCCAGAGGAGUCGUUCAUCACUGAGCUCCCACCCAUGGAGGAGCCUGUAUGUCUCCAAAUGCUCAUGUCACAUGUGGUGAACCCCAGCGAGUUCUAUGUUCAUCUUGUUACGCCGGAUGCAGGGCUUCUUGAUGUCAUGAUGAACGAUCUCAACAAGUUCUAUGACAGUGACCCUUUUCCCGACAGUUGUGCACCUAGUAAUGGUUACCAGCCCCAAGUGGGACACUACUGUUGCGCUCGGUUCUCAGAGGACGGGAGGUGGUACCGCAGCCUGGUAAAGAGUUUGCGCUGCACGAUGGAUGAAACAAACGGACCACUAAACAGUUUAUUGGAUGUAGAAGUGUUCCAUGUGGACUUCGGAAGUUCCGAGUGGGUUUCGGUUGGAGAUGUGAAACCUCUUGUAGCUAAAUUCUUAUCACUGCCUGGUCAGGUUGUAAAAUGUCGACUGGCAAACCUUAAACCUGAAGUAAUUGAAGAUCUGUCCACAACAACACCAGAAGAAGUUGUUUCUCUUCCUCCGAUAACCGAAAAUAACGAGGCUAAAGUCGAAGAAAGCCCACCGCAAGAAGAGAAGCAAGCCCCAGCGUUUGAACCGCCAUCGAAAACUGAAUCUUCUCCCACGAGGAAAUCUCGUAAAAAAGACCGAAGAAAACGGAAACGGCCUCCAAAGAUCUCGCUGAAAGAUGAGCAUGCUGUAAUGCGACCAGCUGGCUAUGAGUCUUAUGAUAGCAGUGAAUUAAGCGAAAUUGAAUUCGUUAAAAGCAGAGAAGAGGAGAAAAGUAAAGAUACACAGAAAGAUCAAGAUGCCUCUACAACCGACAAAGCCGCAUUCCCGGUGAGAACAAUGGCUGGGUAAUUCCCUAUCUUGGUCAGAAGUUUCUGGAGAUCUCCACUGUUUUUCUUGUUCAGUUAGUUAAGAUAAAGUACAAUUCAGUUGUAAGCUUGUAAGCUCUUGUUAAAAUCACUGAAUUUCUUAACCCGCAAGGGCGCUUAAUUAGGUUUAAUUAGCAGUACAAUGGCUCUGCACGUGCGUUACACAAUUUUGUACAUUUCCCAGCCGUCGUCAAAAAAAAUUCAAAUUUUCCCGUGCUUUGCAACAAUACAAUGUAACUUUGGUAUAAUUUUAGCGGCAAAAGCUGAGAAGCCGUUCACACUACGCCGGAGAAUUUGAAAAAGCAGCUUUAUUUCUACGGUUAGGCCUACCGUCCCAACUA